GACUUUGAAAUCUCGUUUGGCUCUCCAUAUCAAGCUCUUACGUCAACGAAUUAUACGGCACGGCAACGGCGGGAACUUGAAAAUAGCAAGUGAGAGAUUGAGAGAUUGAGAGAUUGAGAGAGAAAGAGGAAGAGAUAAGGAAAGCAGAGGCCUGCGUUCUUGUCUGAUCCCUCUCCCUUGCGGAGUCUCCAACUUUACUUCGUUCCAUCCCCUCUUUCUUGCUUCUCUUUGCUUGGCCCGAUCGGAUCCGCUAUCUCCUAGAUAAAAACUUCCAAAAAUAAAACGAAGCGUGGGAUCCUUCACUGCCCGUCAGCUCCUUUAAUAAUGUUCUUGCUUUUUCCUCCCUCUUUGAGCUGGGGCACCGGGAGGAACAGAGCGGGAGAUUAACAGAUUCAAACAGAGAGAGAGAGAGAGAGAAGCAAUGGGGAUCUUGCAUGCGUAUGAGGAUGCAGUUCAGAUCAGCGAGUCGGAGAAGGCGAAGGGCACGACCGUGAUCACUGUGAGCUGUCCCGACAAGACUGGGCUGGGAUGUGAUCUGUGCAGGGUCAUCUUGCUCUUUGGGUUGAGCAUUACCAGAGGAGAUAUGUCAACGGAUGGGAAGUGGUGCUACAUUAAGUUUUGGGUGGGGGGGAAGCCAACAGCAAGUUGGAGUUUGUUGAAGAAGAGGCUGUUGGAGGUGUGCCCUUCGUAUAUUUCUAUGUCGGGAAUCGAGUAUUACAGAUCAGAGAUGGAUCAGCCCAAGCCACAUGAUGUCUUCCUCUUGAAAUUCUGGUGCUCUAGUGACCGGAAAGGUCUAUUACAUGAUGUAACAAGGGUCCUCUGUGAGUUGGAGCUAACAAUAAAGAGAGUGAAGGUGUCCACUGCUCCAGAUGGGAGGGUGAUGGACCUCUUCUUUGUGACAGACUCCAGAGCACUUCUUCAUACUCAGCAGAGACAGGAGGAAACGAUACGUUGUCUCAGAGAUGUACUAGGGGCCUCCAUUCUUAGUUGUGAGAUUGGAAUGGUUGGCCCUGAAGUCACUGCCUGUUCACAGAAAUCAUUGUUUCUGCCAUCUGCAGUUACUGAAGACAUGUUCAGCUUAGAACUAUCGAGUGAAAACCCAACCGGCUCUCUUUUCUCUAACCCCCUAUCUACAAUCAUGGACAACUCCCUUAGCCGCUCGCACACGCUUGUUCAGAUCCUUUGUCAGGACCAUAAAGGCCUAAUCUAUGAUAUUAUGAGAACAUUGAAGGAUUAUAACAUCCAGGUUUCUUACGGAAGGUUCUGUACGAAAGCCAAAGGGAACUGCGAGGUGGAAUUGUUCAUCAUGCAAGCAGAUGGGAAUAAGAUAGCUGAUCCUAACAAAAAGAAUGCAUUAUGUUCUCGUCUUAGAAUGGAGCUCUGGCGCCCUCUUAGAGUAGCUGUCGUGAACCGUGGUCCAGACACCGAGCUGCUAGUCGCUAAUCCCGUUGAAUUGUCCGGAAGGGGUCGACCGCUCGUGUUUCACGACAUUACGCUGGCUCUAGAGACUCUCGAUACUCGGAUCUUUUCGGUCGAAAUCGGGAGACACAUGGUAUGCAACCGGGAGUGGGAAGUGUACAGAAUCUUGAUUGACGAAGCCGAUAGCUUGCGCGUGCCCGGAAAGAAGAUUGAGGAAGGCGUGAGGAACAAAUUGAUGGGGUGGGAGUAGGUUGAGAUGUUUAAUAGUCAGUGUACAGCAAAUUCCUUUCAGUUUUAGCAUACAAAUCACAUCUAGGUCAUCUAACAAGGCAGUCCCUGUAUAUCAUGAGAAGCUGGGGGGAACAGAUCUUGUCUAGUUGCUUACCCCCAACUAAGGCUACAACUUCCGUCAGAAUACCAGCAUUCGCUUUUCAUUGAUGUGUAUUUAUGUAUCUCACCAAAGCGUCGACAGCCAAUUUCCUGUGCCAUCCUGAUCCACAUUCAUGGGUACAGAUUUCCUGUGCUGGAAUGCACUAUUACUUUCAUGGC